CUGCAAAGCCAAAUCAUCUCCACAUGCUCUGGGAGAGGUUUUUGGGGAGAGAGACCCCCUGAGUGACCAGCUGGGUCUUCUCCCACAGUUAUUUUUUGUCACCAACACAUUUUCUCAUGGUCAGUAAUGGUAAUGCUGCUGUUGGAGGUCAACUCAUUGCCCAGAAUUCAUCCCAUUAACCCCAAUAUUUAUUUACUGAUUUAAAAUCCAAAUGCUUUUCCAUUAAUGUUGCCACAACCCUAUUUUUACACCCGAAAUUUCCCCAAACAGAGCCUUACAUCCAGGCGAUGUGGCUGCUCCUGAGGUUUUGAACUGGAUUCCCAACCCAAAGUGCAUUUUUGUACCUCUAGUUCAACCCACUGGGCCCCCAGUUCUGCCCAGAUAACAACAACUUCCCAAACUAAGGAGGGUUUAAGGUGUGUCAGCUGCUCAGCCAACCCACCUCAGCUUGCAUUACCUGAGUGACUUCCAUAACAUUUGGAAUUUGCUUGCAGAGGGAGCAGAGUUGUGAGGAGCCCGGAACAACUUUUCACUUGGACAAGGAGUCUCAAGGCAAAAACAUGACUUGGAAAUGUUGCUCUGGGAUAUAUUUGACACAAAAUAUAUUCCUAGUCCUGGCAUUUUAUUUCAGCCUGUGCACAGCAACAGGUCUCAGGAGGUUGGUGCUCGGCGUGAAGGACCCGGCAGUGAUCAGGGAGAAGCUGCCAGAGGCCAAACCCCCCUCACUGGGAUUUGUGGCAGUGUCAGAGGAGAACUGCGGGUCUGGAACAGGCACAGGGACAGCCCUGGGUGACAGAUUUCAGCCCUGGUCCCCUGUCCUUGGGGAAAGCACCGUGGAUGGGUUGGUCCCACAGCCCCUCAACCCCUCACUGGUGCUUGGCCCAAAGUCCCCCAUGACACAAAGGGCAGAGGCAUCGCUGUCCCUCCGGCACCAGGGUGACAGUGGGGACCCUCCCCAGCCUCCCCCUGCUGCAGCUCCUGAUGCUGAAGGAUCUUCUCCCCUUCCAGACCGGCACAUCUCCAUCAGUGCCAGAGCCCAGGGUCCCCAGCACAGGAGGAGCAGAACUUGGGACCCUUCUGCAGCCUCCCUGUGGGCACUGACAGGUCUGGUGGCACCUGACACUGGGGACACUGGGAAUCCUGGAGGGACCCCCUCAUUCCUUGGCCCCAGGGGGCUGCCCAGACCCACUCAGAACACGAGGACUGAGUGCAAGAGGCCACUGAACUCCAGGAUCACCUCUGGGACAGAUGUCCUGUCCUGGCUGCACAACAUUGUGUCAGGAAAACGAAGCCAAAGACAGAUCACGUCAAAGAGGCGACCCAGGCAGAAAUGAGUCGUGAAUCACAAAUUGUUUCUCCCUUAGUAACACUUGAGGAAAGGUCAAGGAUGUUCAAUUUACCCAGUUCUUGCACAACCAGGCAGGAGCGGGUGCACGUCAGUCCCUCACAUCGUGACAGGUGUGCUUGAGGUAAUUUCAGCAACUCUGGGAGGAACUUUUAAUCUUUCUGUGUUAUCCAAGCAAUGAAGAGGGUCUUUGUAUCAUAGAAAUUUUACAGAGAAAUAACAUUUACGUGAAUGAAUCCAGGCUUCUAAAACCUAUUUAGUUCCUCAGUUAGGAAAACUGAAUUUGUAUUAAUUUUGUUAUUAAUGUAUAUGCCAUAUAAACCAGUGUUUAAUGGUUCUUUACCUGUGAAAAAGGUAUUUUUAAUAUAAAUUAUCUCCAUCAUUUACAAAAAAACCCUUGGGUAUUCAAAACAGAACUGUCCCCUACAAGUUGUACAAGUAUAAAAUAACUUUUCAAUCCAAUCAAACUAAACAUUUAAUUAAUAACUCAUAAAAACCUCCAGCUGAGUGAAUUAGAGUUGAUUUCCAGAGAACUUCCAGGUCAUCCAGACAAACAUUUACUUUUCUUCAGCCAUCUUUGUGGAAAACUGUCCCUCUAAACCUGUAACUGAGCUGGAGAUGAAGCCUCU